AUGGCCGCCCUGGGCCUUCUGCUGCUGGUGGGCGUACACGGAACUACGAUAAUCAGCAUUAAGUACCCGGAGAAGCCCGCCGAAGUGAUCGUGGAGCCGCAGCCGACCAAGAGGGACCUCAGCCUGAGCUACGCUGCCACCAACAUCGACUCCAAGGAGGGAACCCGCGUGAAGACCAUCACGGUGAUCAAGAAUGUGGGUGGCAUUUCAGCGCCCGGAGAAGCUGCUGCUCUUGGAUCCCCCGUGGGCGCCGGUCAUAGUCACAAGCAGCAGCCGAAGCUGAUCAUCGAUCCGACUCUGCAUAAGAGCGAGGAGUGGGCGACCGCUUUCCGUGAUAGCUUUGACUCCUACGGAGCACUGCCCGAUGUGCCCGACAUAGACGAUCUAUUCGAGUUUGUGAACCGUAAGAAGCCGGAGGGUGAAAAGAAACAGGAGGCUGUGCCCAGCCAGAAUGAGGAGAAGACGCCAAAGGAGUUGCUAAAGCCCGCGGAGGAGACCACCACCAAGAAGGAGGCUGCCAGUGAGCAGAGCGAGGGAGGGAUUAGCCGCGGUGGCAACGUCGAUAGCGACGAGGCUGUGGUCGAGAAGAUCAAGGGCGACGCCGAGCUAUUGCCGCACAUCAAGCAGGCCAACAUCCUGCGCCUCCAGGCGGCCCAGGCUCGGUCGGGCAUACGCACCAAGGAGUCCCUCAUCGCGGUCAACUACUCCACGCCGAUGCACCAGGUGACCCAGUACUUCGACAACUAUGUCCAGGCUAUGCCCAAUGGUUACGACUACUCCAAGCCUUGUGGCGCACCGCCGCCUGGGAGUAGUAUCCAGGUGACCACACCCUCGGGCCGCAACUACGACAUCCCGCAGAGCAACAACAGUGGCACUGGUGGCGGCAAGCACCCGUACCUGGCUCCGGCGCUCACGAAGAAGACGCAGAUCCCGCCGAUUACGGUACAGCCUCCAGUUCAGCAGCAGCAGCCUCCUCCCAAUUACUCCUCCGUCAAUUCGAUAGUUCCGCCCAUAGUGAAGCAGCAGCCACCGCAGGGCAAUGUGAAUCCUCCACAGCAGCCACAACAGCCUCAGGUGGUAACUCCUCCCAGCGGAGGCAUCCUGCCGCCUCUGGGACUGGGCGGUAUCUCCACCAGCCAGCGUCCCUAUGUGGCGCCCAAGCUGCGAAACAAUGGCCUGGGCAUCAGUCGGGCUCCCAGCAGUCCGGUCCCGAUUCCCGGACAACCCGGCCUCGUGGGGAUUAAUCCCUCGCAGGCCCCAAACUUCCGCACCAGCAUCUUUGGCGGCGGACCAAAUCGUCCCAACACGCUGCGAUCGCGUGGCCUAAAGUAUUGAGCACUUAAACUAGACGCAUAGAUGCGGUCAAAAAUAUAGUUCUUAGGUGAAGAUUACAAUCAAAAUUGUUAAUCGAAAAAAGCAUUACUGUGGCACUUUAAAGUCUUGAAUUUCCA